AUGUUAGUGAAAAGGAUAAAUAGGGCAAUCAGCAGGGCUGAGCUAUUGAAAGCUAGCAAAGAAAGGGAUUUAUCUCAGAUGAAGGUACUAGAAGGUUUUUUAACAAAAACCCAAAAAAGAAGAAUAAAUGUCCUCGCUGAUAUAAUAUACAAAUAUAUAUAAAUGAGCUAUAUAAAUUUUUGAUUAAAAAUGGUUAUAUGGAACUGAGUAAUUUAUAAGUAUAGAGAUAGAAGACAUGACUAAAAAUGAGCAAGCUACUCUAUGGAAAACCCUAAUCUCUCUUUCCUUUUGUGAGCAAAACCAUUUGAAAAUCUUAUUAUUUUAUAAAUAGCCACUCCUCAAGAAAAAGAAUGUUUUUCUAUAUAAAAAUUUCGCAAUAAUUUUUUUAUAAUAUGAGGAUAAUUUUAUUAAAUUUAGACAGCUUAAAUCUAGACAUAAAUUAAACUAUUUCUUUAUUAAAUUUUGGAUUUUAGGAUAAUAUUUAAAAAAUUAAAAAAACCUUUGAUUUCUUAUGAGGAUAACAGAGUAAAUGAAAAAAUGCAAAACUCUUUUGGAAAGGACCCCAAGCUGUUCAAUGAUUUCCGCCCAACAGGUGACAAGUGGGCAAACCUUCCUCCACAAGUCUCAGAUAUGUUUCAGCAGAUAGGCGUACAAGGGUGUUUUCCCAAUGGCUUAAUCGAAUUAUUCGUACAAGGAAAAAUGGGUGGUUUAAGCGCAGGUGGAGCACCUCAAAAAGAAAAAGUGGAAGAAAAGCAAGAAGUUGUAGUCGAAAAGACGAAUUUUGAUGUACUAAUCAAAGGAUUUUCUGCUGAUGGCAAGCUGAAAAUUAUUAAAGAAGUUAAAAACUUGUUAGCAAUUGGUCUGAAAGAUGCGAAAGAUAGAGUAGAAGCUUCAGUUACGACGCCACUAAUGAUAGGUAAACAAUUACCUAAAGAGCAAGCUGAGCAGCUGGAAAAGCAGUAUAAAGAAUUGGGAGCCGAAAUUGAGUUGAAAUAA